UACAGCGCGUCUGGAAACCGGGAACGGAGGACGGGCGUUUUGGAAGAAAACGUCGACAAGAUCAAUCCUGCACCUUCACCUGCAUCACAAUCAUCACUUGGCUCGCUGAAAAACAACUUCAGUGAACGUGUUGGGUUUUUUCUUUCUUUUAUCUCAUGAGAUUUCUGAGGCGAGCAGCUCCCCUUUGCUUCUCCCUCUUUCCAAGUGAACUUUAUAGGGAUGUUAUUUCAGAGCAUCAUCUCGCUGAAUGUCCACAUAGUGCUGAAUUAGGCUAAGUGAAGGGCGGAUAUAAAGAGUGAACGAAUCUUCUUCUACUUUUUGUUCGGUUUAAUACACAAGAGAGAAAAAAGAGGGAGAGUGAGGGAGUGUGUGUUUGCUAGAGAGAGAGAGAGAGAGAGAGAGAGAGAGAGAGAGAGAGAGAGCGAUAGAGAGAGAGAGAGAGAGAGAGAGAAGUCGCACAGGUUUUUUGGAGCUACGCUUUCAUGCCGUCAGUCUUGCGGACUCUGAGAUGGACGUCAGAUUUUAUCCAGCUCCCCCUUCAAGCGUGGGUUCAUGUACGUUACCGACUGACUCCGGUUUGGACUAUUACCACUCCAACAAGAACAGAUACGGUGCUGCCGAUCGAGGUGUGAGACUCUACAGUUCCCUGCCCAUGCGCCCGAACCCUGACGGCAAGAGACUGCCCUCUACUGGGUUUGAUGGUGACAACAUGUACAUGAAUGAAAACAACCAUGAGUUUCUCCCACCAAACCAGAGCUACACAGGUCAGACUGGUGGCGGCGGGGGAGGAGGCGGAGGUGGUGGCACCGGCAGUGGAAAUGGAGCUGGGGACGAAGACUAUGAGAUCCCCCCCAUCACUCCACCUAACCACCCCGAGCCUCCUCUUCUUCACCUGAUGGAGCAUGACUCUACAGGCUACCUCUGCCACUCGCUGCCACACAAUGGGCUCAUCAACCCGUAUUCCUACCCAGAGCUGCCCACACUCAUGAUGUCUAACAUGCUGGCGCAGGACAGCCACCUCGUCUCCAGCCAAAUGCCCUCGAUGCAGGAGAUGGCUUUGCACCACCAUCAACAGCAACACCAUCACCAGCACCCAGACGGCGCUCAUUAUGACCCCGCUCGUAACCACCCCCUGAUAAACAACUCACCUCCGAUACUGCCCAACCCCAUGAGCGCACUGUCCCAGCUAAACCCUCAGGUCAGCCGGAGUGCACUGCCUCAUGGUUCCCCCUCACCUCCCGGAAGUAAAUCGGCCACACCCUCCCCCUCAAGCUCCAAUCAGGAAGAGGAGACUGAUCCUCACUUGAAGAUGGUCUUCCAGAUCACGGGUGAGAAGCGGCCGUCUUCAGAGAUGGUGAAGCCCAAGCCCAAACCCCAGAAAAAGAAGAAGAAGAAGGAUCCCAAUGAGCCUACAAAGCCUGUGUCAGCCUAUGCCUUGUUCUUCAGAGAUACCCAGGCAGCCAUUAAAGGACAGAAUCCCAACGCCACCUUUGGAGACGUAUCCAAGAUUGUAGCCUCCAUGUGGGAUGGACUGGGAGAGGAGCAGAAACAGAGCUACAAGAGGAAAACAGAGGCUGCUAAGAAGGAGUACCUGAAAGCCCUGGCCGCCUACAGAGCCAGUCUGGUUUCCAAGACAUAUAAUGACCCUGUGGAGACAAAAAGUGCCCAAACAGGCCAGGCUUCUCCACAUAUGAUGCCAGCCAACCAACCCCUGUACAGCGUGCCACCCCCUCCACAGCCGUCAUCGCCCUACCUGGGACCCGGCGCCUUCCCUCUCACCGACCUGCAGAGCUACGCAGGACACGCCCCUCGCCACACCCUGUCGCAGACGCUCAGCCAAUCGCAGAUGCUGCCCAGCAUUAGUGCCUCUCCCCCUUCCUCCUUCCAGAUCAGCCCACCCCUUCACCCCCACCAGCAGCUCUCCCUGCACCAGAGCUCGCUCCUCAACCAGCCUAUCCGCAUGCAGCAGGUCCAGUCCCAGCCAAUCAUCUCUCACCAGAUGGGGCUGCAGGCCUCUCUUCACUCCCCUCCUCCUGGGCAGCAGGGGUUUUCCCACCUCCAGUCAGAGUAUCAGAAGAGCAUUGGGGGUUCCCAGUCUCCAGGAGCUCCUGGCCCAGGUCCGGGCCCCGGAGUGGCUCAGAGCCAUGACUGGGACAGUGAAUACUGCAAUCGGGAGUGUGGCAACCACUGCAGUGGCAGCAUGAUAGGCAGGGACAAGCCACUCUACCUCACCUGAAACUGAAGAUCAUACUCUGUCGACAAAUACGACACCGAGGAGUCUACUCUCACCCCUCACAUCCCUCCUCCAUUCUCCUCACCCCUACCCUCCC